AUGUCGGUGAUUUUUCUACAUCCAGAUUUGGGAAUUGGCGGGGCUGAGCGCGCUGUUAUUGAUGCAGCAAUGUCUGCGAAAUGUUGCGGCUAUGAAGUUGAAAUUGUCACAAAUUUUCAUGAUCCCAGCCAUGCUUUUGAAGAGACUGUUAAUGGUUCCCUUAAAGUUACUACCGUUUUCAAGUGGCUCCCGAGGAGUUUGAUGGGUCGAUUUAUUGCUCUGUGUGCAUUUGUAAAGAUGAUUCUUGCUGCUUUCUGGAUUGUGUUUGCACGUCGUGGAGUUGUGGACGUAACAAUAUUUUAUGGGCACUUCCCUGAUUUGCUUCUGUCGCGUCACGAUUCUCGUGCCCGAAGAAUAUACAGGUUUCCUUUAGACCGCCUGGAAGGAUUUUCCACUGGCAUGGCUGAUACUUUAGUCGUGAACAGCCAAUUUACUCGUGAUGUUUUUAAGAAGAUUUUUCCUGCGCUUAAGGAUCGUAAAUUGCACGUGCUAUAUCCUGUUCCAAAUACCGAAAACUUGGUCUUGCCGAGCAAUGUCUAUGAAAAAUCGUUGGACGGAUCAUAUGCCCCUCCGAAUGCAGAUUUAGCGAUACACGAUCUUAAGAGUGUUCUUGGAGUUUGUCCGAAGCUGGUUUUUCUUUCUAUAAAUCGGUACGAAAGGAAAAAGAAUGUCGCUCUUGCCUUCGAGUCUUUCGGUAAUCGGUUUGGUAAAUGUCAUCUCUUUUCUCGUGCAGCUUUUUUAAAGAAUCACUGGUCCAGUUUGAUUCACAAUCCGUCUGUGUCCCAUUCAGACGUUUUGAUUGUCCACAUGGGAGGAUAUGAUUCUCGUAUUCUUGAAAAUGUGGAGUAUUUUAAUGAGCUCACUCAUUUGGUUGAAGAAUUGGAGAUUGCAGAACAAGCCGUUUUACUGCGAUCAGUCCCAUCCAAUCUUAAAUGUUUACUUAUUGCGGCUAGUACCGCUGUAAUAUACACCCCUGAAAAUGAGCACUUUGGGAUUGUCCCACUCGAAGCAAUGUUCCUCGGUCGUCCUGUUGUUGCACCCGAUUCUGGCGGACCGCGCGAGACUAUUAUUGAUCAGCAGACGGGCUUCUUGUGUCCUAUUCAUGAAAAUAAACUAUUAAAGAAUUCUGAGGUCGCCAGUCAUAUUGCUGGAUUUAUGAGCAAGUUCAUUAAUGAUCCCGAGCUCUCAAAAACUAUGGGAAAACGUUCCCAUGAACACGUUGUGCAAAAUUUUUCAACCGAAGCCUUUCGAAAACAGUUUGCUGUCAUUCUACAAGAUACUUUAUCCAUUGAUAAGCAACUGGGAUAG